AUGCCUAGCAAAUUUUCAGUUUUCACGUAUGUCGUUAGGGGGUUGAGUUGUCAUUGGAACCAUGUUAAACUUGGACCUCCAGAUGCAAUUUUGGGGAUUACCGAGGCAUAUAAUCGUGAUACUAAUCCUCAGAAGAUUAAUCUGGGGGCUGGUGCCUAUAGAGAUGAUAAUGGGAGACCCUUCGUCUUGCCAUCUGUCAAAGAGGCUGAAUCACUUUUGUUGGCGAAAAAUUUGAAUAAAGAAUAUGCUCCAAUCAGUGGCAUCCCCCAAUUUUGCGAUCUGUCCAUUAAGCUUGCACUUACUGAUCAGUCUUCACGAAUCAAAAAUCGCUGUAACGCUACAGCUCAGACAAUAUCUGGUACAGGAGCCCUUAGAAUCGGUGGAUCUUUUAUCAAUGAAUUUGCGGAACAAAAACAUAUAUGGAUGCCAACACCUACUUGGGGCAACCAUAAACCUAUUUUCACACAUAGUGGACUAAAUGUACACCAAUAUCGUUAUUACAAUAGUAAUACUUGUGGUCUGGAUAUAGAUGGUUGUUUAUCUGAUUUAUCGAAAAUUCCCAAAGGACAUUUUGUUCUACUUCAUGCAUGCGCACAUAAUCCUACUGGAGUAGAUCCGUCAUUUGAACAAUGGCAGAAAAUUGGAGAGAUUUUGCAAUCACGUGGUUUGAUUCCAUUUUUCGACUGUGCUUAUCAAGGAUUUGCCUCCGGCAAUAUUGAUAAUGAUGCAAGAGCAAUACGUUAUUUUACCGAUGAAUUAAAUUUCCCCACCAUAUUACUUACACAAAGUUUUGCUAAGAACAUGGGACUAUAUGGUGAACGUGUUGGUGCUUUCACUUUACUUUGUUCAUCUCCUGAUGAGGCCGAACGUUGUUUGUCACAAAUCAAGAUUAUUAUUCGACCAAUGUAUAGUAACCCACCGAUUCAUGGCGCACGUAUUGCAACGGAAUUAAUGUCUAAUCCUGAUUUACGUCAAAAGUGGCUCAUUGAUUUGAAAACUAUGGCUGAUCGUAUUAUUACAAUGCGUCAGAGUUUAAGAAAUAGUUUAAUCAAAGCAGGAUCUCAUCAUGAUUGGUCACAUAUCACUAAUCAAAUUGGGAUGUUUUGCUAUUCUGGGCUUAAUCCAUCACAGGUUGAAAAGCUAACUAAUGAAUAUUCUAUUUAUUUAACUAAAGAUGGACGUAUUAGUAUUGCUGGCUUAUCAUCUAAAAAUGUCGACUACUUAGCUCAUGCUAUACACCAAGUUACUAAAUAA